AACGCUGCGUAAAACUCUUGUCAAGUGACGAAUGUCCAAAAAGUUCAGAAGUUUUUUUUACUUACCCAAUUCAGUCUGCCACCCUGCAGAAAGGACGUUUUGGGGGCAGAUGUGAAAACGGGGUUGGGAGAAUAAGCGUGGAUUGCUCUCUCUCUCUCUCGCUGGCCUUUUUUCCUGUGUCGGUAUUUCGGCGUGAAGUUUUUUUUUAAGGGGGGGUUGGUUGUUGCGGUGGUGAGGAGCUGGAGUGCAACACCACGAAGCCGGGAGACUUCUAACAUUUCUUCUGAAAGUGAUUGUGUGCAGUUUGGGUGUGUUUUUUUUUGUUUUUUUAUUAUUAUUUGGUGGCUCUGUGGGAAGGCAGCGAUGCAAGCUCGCUACCCGGUGUCGAGUCCGAACUCUCUCGGAGUGGUGCCCUACCUCAGCGAGCAGAAUUACUACCGGCCCGGCCCGGGAUACACCGGGAUGCCGGCACCGAUGGGAAUGUACCCGCACACUGCUCACGAACAGUACGCGGCGGGGAUGGCUCGAUCCUACGGACACUACACCCCUCCUCCUCAACCCAAGGAUAUGGUGAAGCCUCCUUACAGCUACAUCGCCCUCAUUACCAUGGCCAUUCAGAACGCACCCGACAAGAAGAUCACCCUGAACGGGAUCUACCAGUUUAUUAUGGAGCGCUUCCCCUUCUACAGGGAGAACAAGCAGGGCUGGCAGAACAGCAUCCGCCACAACUUGUCCCUUAAUGAGUGCUUCGUGAAGGUGCCCCGGGAUGACAAGAAGCCGGGCAAGGGCAGCUACUGGACCCUGGACCCGGACUCUUACAACAUGUUCGAGAACGGCAGCUUCCUCAGGAGACGGAGGCGCUUCAAGAAGAAAGACGCGGUGCGGGAGAAGGAGGAGAAGGAACGGCAGGGCAAGGACACCGCGGGACGGCAGCAGCAGCAGCAGCCGGCGGCCGCUGCAGACGCCGACAAACACGCGGUGAGGAUCCCGGAGAUCAAGACCGAGAACGGGGCCCCGUCCCCGCCCCCGCCGCCCCUGGCCGCUCCCCCUGCCCUGAGCAUGGUGCCCAAGAUUGAGAGCCCGGAGCCCAGCAGCGGGCAGAGUCACAGCAGCGGCGGCAGCAGCAGCAGCAGCCCGUCCAGCCGCUCCCUCAGCCUGGAUAGUCAUGAGCACCAGCCCUUCACGGUGGAGAACAUGGUGCCCUCCCUCAGAGGGUCCCCGCACGCCGCUGGCGAACUCAGCGCGGCUUCCCGGACGGGGAUCAGCCCCUCGCUGUCCCUCAGCUACGCGUCCAGCCAGUCGUCCGUGUACAGCUCCUCCUGCAGCCACAGCCUCAGCUCGGCCGGUGCAGGCACCUACCACUGCAACAUGAACCUGUACUCCGGGGAGAGGGCCGCUCACAUAGGGGCCAGCGGCGUGGACGAGGCGUUGCCCGAGUACUCAAUCCCCCCGAGCAGCAGCAGCAGCAGCACCGCCGCCCCUUCCCUGAGCCACGGUCUCAGCAACGGCCAGGAGGUGGCCGGGAGCGGGCCGGGUCGCCUCGCCUCCUGGUACCUCAACCAGGCCGGUGACCUGAGCCACCUGACUUGCAGCGCUUACUCCGGGCAGCAGCAGAACAUCCACACGGUGCGGGAAAUGUUCGAAGCUCAGCGGAUCGGCCUCAGCAACUCCGCCGUCAGUUCGGCGCACGCCAGUGGGAAUAGCAGUUGUCAGAUGUCGUUCCCCCCAGCCCAGACACUUUACCGCACCUCAGGUUCGUUUGUGUAUGACUGCAGCAAGUACUGACACCAAAAAAAACAAACACACGAGAGAGAGCGUUUACACACUGUAAUUUUUAUCUUUUAGAAUACAAGCAACAACAGCCCGUGUUUAUAUAUCUGUCUCAUUUGUGUAGAUAAAAAAAAACCCACAAAACCAAUUUGAAAUUUGGUUAACAGAACAGUGUUACUCCAAAAGAAACGUAAGUUGCUUUUAUUUUGCAAAAAAGUGUUUAAAAAAAUGAAAAAAAGUUUGUGUGUCAAAUCUACUAGAGUUCACGGCGAGCUAACUCGGAUUUGUUAUAAGCUGUCGGAUAGUAAUUUAUUUUCAGUGUAGUAGAAUAUUAUUUUUAAAUAUGGACCAAACUCCCCGAAAGUGUUCUGGUGCUGACUCUCCCCCUUCUCCCGACCCCCAUCCCGAAUCUUUAACGUUAAUGUUUUGUUGUUAUUGUUACCCUCCAGUAUAAAGGUUGACUGUAUAACGCGA